GGUUGGAUACCUCUAUCCCUCAAUACCUCGUGGCCCAAUGCUCCCCAAGUUUGCCCUAAGCCUUGGCGGUAUCAAUCAGCAGCAGAACUUCGGAACGAUCUCAUUAUAGCGCCGUACAACUGUUAUGAAGGGGGUGGUUAUGCAGCAGUCAUGGGAUACGAUGAAAGCACUGCACAAGGCGUCCUCGACGAUACUAUUACCAAUGGAUGGAUUGAUCGCCAAACUCGAGCUGUAAUUCUAGAGUUUGCUGUUUUCAAUGUCAAUACAAACUUGAUUAGCGUUGCCACAUACUUUUACGAGGCCUUAGCUACUGGUGCAGCCUACACUUCACAGAGAAUUGAAACACUUGAGUUGUACAGCACUGAGUCAGGAGCUCUGAUGUUUUUCUUAAUUGGCCAGUUUCUGUUCAUGGCAAUGGUCCUGUUUUAUUUAAUAGUUAUGUUAGUUCACCUUUAUCAACAACGCUUAGGUUUCUUCAAGUCUGUUUGGAACAUGGUGGAUUUCUUUAUGAUUAUUUUCUCUGUAGCCUCUGUAGCAUUUUACAUGAUCAGAGCUAAAAGCGUUUUGAGCACUAUCAAAUCUAUUCAAGCCAAUCCAUAUGAAAUCGUACAUUUCCACACAGCCUUGGAUUGGUUUAACCUAGAAAAUGCGUCUAUUGCCAUGGCUGUUUUUAUGGUGACAGUCAAGCUUCUGAAUUUAAUUCGUUUUAACCAACACGUGAUAUACUUGUUUUCAUCUUUUCGGCAAUCUAUAGGCUAUCAACUCUCGUAUGUGGUCUAUUUUCAGAUCGUGUUCAAUGCAUUUGUUGUAACAGGUAUGCAGUUUUUUGGUGGCGCAGUAUUGGAAUAUUCCAGUUACCUCAAUGCAGUCAUGUCUCAAUUCAAAUUCUUGUUGGGAGAAGCAGUCCCAGUGGACGCUCUUCGAAGGGACAAACCCUUCAUUGGUCCGACGUUUGCAUUUUUGUUUUGCACAUCCUCAACUAUAUUUCUUAUGAAUAUGCUUGUUUCCGUCCUUAACGAAUCAUAUAGUGACGCAAAAACAAACGCAGAGGAAAAUGCAAAAGAGCUUGAAAUGGCACGUUUUAUUGAGGAGCGUUUAAUGGACAUUUUCCACCAGGGAAGUAAUCGGACUGAGUUUAAGUUGUUUUGCGAUGAGACAAUAUUCGCCAACAUGUGCCUUUCUGAAGCAGAGCCAUUCUGUUUGAAUUCUGAAUGUAUUAUUCAAGGUACAGAGGAACGAAUGCUAAAAGUUGAAAAUAGACUUAUCGCUCUAACUCGACGGACAGAAUACAUGGAGGCUGAUUAUUUGAAAGAGGAAAAUGACUUAAUUGACCUCUUGUUA